AUGUCGAAACGAACGUUGGACGAAAUGUCAUCAACGCCAGCACCCUCAUCAGGGUCGAUUCAAAAAUCCAGCACACAAAUCCAACAGGAUGAAUUUGAAGAAUCAAGCACCAUUCCAACAAAAUCAAGAAGAAUGGUCCGAAGAAAGAAAGAAGCAACUCCUUCUGUGGAGUUUCCGAACGAUGGACCUCUAGCCAGUGGAUCAUCAAUUCCGAUGUCAUCUUUAUCAUCAACAACAAUUUCCACGAGUUCGAAUACGAACGAAAAAGAUUCAUUUCUCAAUAUUCAAAAUAAUUCUUCUUCAAAUAUUUCUUCCCCAAUUCCUUCACAAAACAAAAUUAAUGGUUUGAUGUUUUCUGAAAAAGAGAUAUCGGGAUUGGAUCAAAAUUUUGGACGCCUUUUUUAUGCAUUGAAUUUACUUUAUCGAAGAGGUUUUAGUGAUUUUUCAGUGGCGGCUCUCAAUGAAAAGUGUGGAGAAACUGGUGAACGUUUCACACUAGAAUUACUUCAAACCAUUCAAUGUAUCGUUCCAGAGCUAUUUACAUUGUAUUAUAAUUAUCAUCAACAAUUGUGUUUGGAAUUGAAAGAAGAUUUCGAGAAGAAAAAAUCUGUCAUUAUUGGACUGUGGAAAAAAAGACUUUCCAAUCCUGGUCUCAUUGAAUGUAAAACGACACCAACCAUUGAAAAACGAACACUAGGUCUCGAAAAUGAAAGUAUGACUAUCAGUAAGCAAACGGUGUCACAGCGAGAAAAUAAUGAACAGAACAGUAACAUGUUGCCUCCACCUCCUCGACCACAACAAGAAACGAAAAAACAAUCGCUUCAGGAAAUGCUUCAAGAAAAUGAUAGACGUGAAAUUGAGGAAUUAGCGCGACAACAUUGGCUUACGAAAAAGUUUGAGUGUGAUAGAGCUUGUGAAACGUUACUGUUAUUAUUUACAAUAAUGAAAAUGAGUAAGAAAACCAAAAUGGAAAUUAACACACUGGUAGAAACUCUCAAAUCUAGGUAUCCUCGUGCUAUCACGAACCCAGAAAUCAUGUCACAUCUUCAUUUAUUUUGCAAACACGCUCCAUCAUGCUUUUCACUAAACACCUUUGGUACUCUCAAAGUAUUUGAAAUGAAUAAGAAUGCUAAAUUUGAAAUGGCUAAACAAAGUUUGGAGAGCGGAGUGCAAUAA